GGUCAGUUUGUCAUCUUGUUUGCGGUUACAUUCACUUGCGCUUUUUUUGUGUGAUUGCUAGUCAUCUGCUUUAACCCGAAGUUAGUCUGAUUGUUUGAUUCUUUCGUUGGCAUGCGUUAGUUGACUGUCAAAUUCUGAUUAAUUUUUCGUAUUAGUAUCGUUGCAUAUGAUCUUAUAUGCGGCAUGAGUGAUAUUGGUGAAACUAAACAUAUAUCUUUCAAGUGCAUUUUUAAUGAUUUCUUUCCAGCUUACAAGAUGGAGAAACCAGUGAUAAUAAUUUCUCAAGUUGCGAUUAUUCUGACAGCCUUAGAUUCUUUUAUAGCAGGUAAAUAACAUUGUUAUGAUUCAUUCACAGGUAGCCUAUAACUGUGUCUGUUAAAGCAAAGUAAUUUUUAAGAUAAUCACUAGCAACCUAUGUUUAGAAAGUUGCAUUAAUCUAAUUUCCCCCCUCUCCGGCUUUGACUGGUCCAAAAAAAACAAUCUCGCACAACCCUGGGCAAAACUGAAACCAAUUACAACUGCCAGCCGCGUUUUCUCAAACUUCGGGCAGUUGGCUCAAUGCUUUUAUUCUGACCUGUUUGGGUUGUCCUUGAGAUGUUUUCUUCGUUCUGCAUGAUCAGGCAAUCAAUCCAAAAAGCGCUGCACACGUCUGACUCAGGCGCAGGGUCUGUAAGACAGCACAUGAGAGGCUCCUGCGGGUUUCAUCACACGGUAGCGAAAUCAUAAGAACAAGCGACGUCAAGUUUACGUAAGAGUCAUUCGCCAACCUGAUUUAAAUCUGCUCAUCAGGGAGACCAACAUGUUCACCUUUUAAUCUUUUGUAACUUAAGUGAAAAAGUUUGCAUUUAAAGUCAAAGCUGAGAUAACUUUCUUUCCUUUACUAGGCUAAUUUUGACCACAAAUACCCCUCUUUUUUCUUUCUCAAUAGCACAGUCCACGUCUUUCAGCCCAACGCCAUCCAUUCAACAAACAUUUGCUGUUUCAAAUCAGACUGAGAUGCUUAACGCUUCAAUGACAACAGUUCAACAUCAAAUAACAUCCGUUCAUGUUCAACCUUCAUCAACGGAAGUCAGUCGUCCAAACAGCAAAAUAAUGAGUACUCCUCCCAGCUCUACAGCAAGUAAGUAUAUAAAUUCUAAUUCUAACAAAGUAGCACAGGAAACAUCACAACCACAAAGCAAGCUUGCAAGGAUGAAUGUUCAAGUAUCUUAAACAACGCAAACAUAUCAAUAUAUUGAUAAACACCAAAAACUAAGGGGGUGGGGAUCUGCGUUUUCAUGGCUGCCUCAAGUGCGUUGCUAAGGGCUUCUAAGACACGUGACCUCCACCCCAACCUCCCCACCCCGUCCUUUUGAGAAUCUUGUAACCGUCUCUUCUUGCCCAAAUCCAUCCGUUUUAAGAAUAUUCCAAUCUUUCUCAUCAACUUUCUUUCAUAGCUAGCUCACCUUGUGUUCCAUUUCUGAGUUUUCAUACAGUUUGAAGAGUUUACCGCUUUGUUCAGCCUCUCUGUCCUUUUCCGAUGCCCGAUAAAUUAACUUUGAGAUUCUUUAAACGGUGUUGCAAUAAUUUUUCCUUAACACACAGUCACAUAUGCGUCUAGAAAUCUCCCCCAACCCAACUAAUCAGACGAAACACUUACAUUAACCACAAUUUAGUCCUGUUUGAGACAAAAACGAACAUUUAAAAUAAGUUGCCAUUGGCUCUCUCUCGGGUAUUUACCUUUGUCCUGAUUGACCGUCAAAAUCCUUUAUCAAACUGCCCUUUAACUGCAAUUUUUGUAUCAUUUUAAUUAAAACAGAAGUCAACGAAGAAGACAAAAUAGAAGAGGAUGAGGAUAAAAAGAAAGAGACGGCGAUUAUCGCGGCUAGUUGCGGAGGAGCAGCCGUCGUGUUUAUUGGUUUAACGUUAGUAAUAUGGAAUCACAGAAAAGAGGACAACACAUAACUAAAUGAAGUACGACUGAAACCUGAGAUCCUCUGAGUAGCGAGUAGCCAAGCAAUAUAAACACAAAUUAUUUUCCUGAUCAAUAGUUGCACUUAAAGCUUAGCGAAGUAGUUGCCUAAGCCAAGGUAAAUCUCGCGUCAAAUUGACGCAAAUUCGAAACACGAACUGGGUGCUUUCGGGGAAAUCUUGAUAGUCGUCAUUUUAUUGCUAGAUUGUUUUUGUUUUUGUUGUUGUUGUUUUUGUGAAUAGUAGUUUAGGCUAAUACCAGUUCCCACGUAAAUUGAGAGAAAAAUAUCAUAUUUGUAGCACCUAAAAAACUGUGAUCAUAACUACAGUAGCUACCCCAUACAUGAUCAGUCAGAUUGACUGAUCUUCUUCGUAGGCUUCUGCUUAGAAUUGUCAGGGUUUUUUUUUGUUUGUUUCGCUUUUGUAAAGCUUUAUUGUCAACCACUCUCAGUGACUUUUAAAAUUUAUCAGAAGGAUAAAAACUACUUAACUUGUUUCUAAAUUCAAAGAAUAUUUCUAAUUUGUUUUCAUAAUGCAUCAAUCUGCGAUCAGCGUCAAAUUUAGUUGACGCACAUGUGUAAAGAGUUCUAUUUGUAUAGCAUAACACUCGUGUUUCUACCACUGUCUAAAUCAAUGACAAAAGGCAAAUAAAUAUUUUAACAAGGAAGGGGGUGAAUAUGUUGACCUGAGAAGAGCAAAAAAGAUAAAAUUGAAGAAAUAGGGGGUUGAAAAGGUCAAUGUGUCAAUAAUUUUUAUGCCAAAAAUUUGGCUCAAAACUGUAAUAAAUAAAAUUGAUAACUGUUGACACUCAAUUAAAUAUGUACCAUCUUACCUGCCUAUUGAUUAAAAA